UUUAAGUUUUACGUCGUACCCGAUUGGAUCGCUCGGACAGAUCAUCGCCGGACGGGCUCGCAAUCAGUGUGUCGUCGUUUUGUGCAAAAGUGAAAAGUUGUUCCUUUUUUCCAUUUAUCCCCAGGAAAAUCGUCGGAAAUUGUGUUGAGCUUGUGGAAAAGUUUCACGACCACCAUAGUCGUCAUCAUCAUCAUCACCAUCAGCGGUGCGAGGAUAGAGGAAGUAGUGUAAUUUGCUGCUUUGUGGAACAGUGAACUCUCGAAAAACCGGGGUGAAUUUGCAGUUUGCAGCUAGGAAGAUGGCAAAGUUUCCUGAAAUGCUGGCGAUUUGUGCAAUCGUUUGCGGUUUAGUCACGUUCUCCAGCGGACACACGUACAAAACGGGAGAAUGCCCCACGGUGGAACCGAUGAGUGGAUUCAACAUGCAGCAGUUCCUCGGCGUGUGGUACGUGAUCCAAAAGACCGGAACCGCUUCCAGUUGCGUCAUCUACAACAUCACCAAGUCGGACGAACCGGGCGAGUUCGACAUCGAGCAGGUGUCCCAGCGGAAUCCACUGUCGGUUGGCCCGCUCAAGCACGAGUACAGCUACACCGGCAAGCUGACCGUGACCGAUAAGGAUGUCCCGGCGCGGAUGACCGUCCGGUUCCCGCUGAGUGUCGCCGGUUCUGCCAAAUUUGUCAUCUUCAUGAGCGACUACAACACCUUCGCGGGCGUCUAUUCCUGCCAGAAGAUUCCAUUUGGACACCGACAAAGUGCUACCAUCCUGUCUAGAGCUCGCGAUUUGGACAAGAUCUACGUUGAUAAGAUCCGCAACCGCCUGUCCGGUUUCUCGGUCGACCCGUUUGACCUCAGCAUCAUCAACCAAGACGGAUGUCCGAAGGAGGGAGAAGCAGGCUUCAACAUCCACAUCGACUCCAACACCUUCUCGACGAAGAACAUUGCCAACGUGUUCCGCAAGGCGGGCGAAAAGAUCGGCGAUGGGUUCGAGUAUGCCGUCAAUACCGGCAAAAAGAUUUACCAUCAGUACGCCGACUCCAGCAGCAGUGACGAUCAGAGCACCCCCAGCAGUGGCCAUCGAGCGGAAAAACUCGCCAUGCCCCAACAUCCGGAUUCCGAGUGGCUUCCGUAAGACAGAGGAAACCUGACAACCCGUUCAUCGUAACCCUUGUGUCGUGUUUGGAUAUGUGUGUGUGUGCGUUUUGCGGGGUACGACGAACGAGUGUCAAAGGUCAACCGGCGGAAAUACUGAAAGACUAUACAUAACAUGCUAUGAAAAUUACUCAAUUUUAUUCUGUUAGGAGAUUUGAGCUU